AUGGAUUUAAAUUGUAGAGUUAAAUGUGCAUGUGUAAUCAAUUUAAGUACAUUAAGCAAACAUGGAAUCUUAUCAUUGGUAGCUGAAAACCCAGUAUUCAUAAAUGAUUUACAAUAAGAAGCUUAAUUAUUAUAUUAGCAAAUUUUGAACUAAUAAGAUUCAUAAAAUGCUCCUUCUUUACCUGUUUAAAAGAUUUAUUCAUAAUCAGGAGCUUGGUAUUGUUCAUUAAAGAACAAUAUAGUAAUUAGUUUAUUAGUUACAUCCUCUUAUCCAAUGCCAAGUGCUAUGAGAUUGUUAAAACAAAUUGAAGAAUUAUUAAAGAGAUAAAUAUAAAGUGGGAAAUAUGAAUUUCAACCCUUAGAACCAAAUUUAAGACAUGUAUACUUUUUCAUCAAUAAUAGUUAUUAACAUAAUAUGAUAGAGAUCCUUUUACAGAUGAUAAAAUUGAAAUAACUUGUAAGUCUGUUGAUUCUAUCCAAGGAUUAAUGGAGGAAAACUUAAGAAAGUUUUAAAUGAAUUAGGAACAACUACAUGUUAUUCAUCACAAGAGUACAGAAGUAUCUCAAAUGGCUAAUCAAUUUCAAAAAGGAGCAGCAGCAGUUAAUACUAAAUAAAAUUGGGUUGCUUACUUAGCUAUAGGAAUAUUUGGAGCUCUUGUUAUUGGAGUAAUCAUUUAUAUCUUUUUAUGA